AUGACGCCCGGCUCCGUGGCCUUCUGCAGCCGCGCUGUCCCUCGAUCCCUCCCUCCCCAGCUCCCUCUCCCAUGUGCCAUGGCUAUGCAGCGUCGAUUCCGUGCAGCAGCGAGGCUGCGAGGCUCGGAAGCUGAGAAAAUCAAUUUGGUGGGUAAAGAGGAGCUACAGCUGUUAAGUCUGGAGUGGAGUUCAAAAUGUGAUAUGAUCGAUAAUGUUGCGUUAGAAAACCUCCAGCCUCAUCAAAACCUUGGAAGGCUUUGCAUAAAGAACUACCCCAUUGGUGCUGGCUUUCCUCAUUGGAUGCAGUCGCUCCCAAAUCUUGUGAGCAUGGAGCUUUCUCACGUUCAAGCUGGACAUCUCCAUCUAGAUCAUUUACAAAAUCUUGAAGAUCUGCAUGUUUCGCCAUUCUCUUCUUCUGAAGAGCGUAUUAGGUAUGCAAGUCCGAGAUCAAUGCUACGCAUCUCUAGCACACGACCGCUGAAAAAACUCAAAAGAGUGACCAUGGCAUGGGUAGGGAAGUUGGUGUGGGAAUCCUCGUGCCUGCCCUCCGAGAAUCUAUUUCCUGGACUUGAAUAUUUGGAGAUAUACUGUUGUCGGGACGUGAAAUUCGAGCCGUCAAUCCCUAGGAGCGCCAGGUAUAUAAUAUCAGGAAGAAGAUUACACGAAUGGUCAUUUAGGUGCCCAUCAUUCAAGCAAGUCAUGGGGCUAUCCACAUCUGCAUCAUCCAAGUUGGAAAUCAAGUACAUCAUCGGACAGCUAUCUUGUGAAUCAUUUGAUUCUCUUCGACAACUCGACUGUGAAGAAUUAACUGUUGACACCUGCAGCAAUCCUGUCCCGUUGCCAGAGUGCAUUCAGGACUGGAAGUCCCUCCGAAGAUAUUGA